CCUGCGCGCGAGCCCCGAGCCCGCGGACAGCGACCAGACGCCCACCACGGCCACCAGUAGCGCUACAUUCACUACCACCACCGCCACCUCGCACGCAGGCCCUCCCAAACACACGCCGCCUUCACGCAGCCUUAUAUAAAAAGGAGUGUGGGCGGGGAAGAGGGUUCGGCCUGCUUUGGUCCCCCUGCUUCGGCCAAUGGGAAAGAAGCUAUUCGGCGCCCUUUUCACAGGGUGCUAAGGUGCUGCGUUCUCCCUGCCAACAGUGCCUGGGGAGUGUGUCCUGUGGCAGAGAAGAAGGCGGGAGAAGCGAGAGUUGGGCUGCGGAUCGUCUCAACUAAAAUAUCAAGAUAGGGCGCGAAGGAUCUAAAAGGAAGAACAGGAAUCAGGAAACGAAAAGAGGAAGGAAAAGGCCGUCUGGAGUAGAGAGAAAAGUUAGUAAAAGAAAGACGCGCUUCAUGAGCGAUCAGGCGCUGCUUCUGCUGCCUAAAAAAGUGAAGCCACUGAGGAUUAUGGGAUUUGUAGUUCUACGGGGCAUUCGGUUGGAAGAUGGCGGAAGUAGCAGCUGCGCAAACGCAGAAGCAGCUUUAACUGCGCAUGAGCCCCAGUCCUGGAAGCCCGCCGCCGGGGUGGCAACGCCGUUAAAGAAAAUUCAUCUGAAACAGAGGAGCAGAGACUUGAGUUGUCUGAAAGGGACUUCUUGGCUUUCCCUUCUCUGUUGAUCAGAGGCACAAACAAAGCGUAGCUUCUGAGCUGAAUAAUGACAUCGUUGCAAAGCAAAGAAGCAUGUGGGAAGGGGCCAAAGAAAACCUUUGCCCCACCUGCACCAAAAUUGCAUAGCCUGAUGUGCUAUAGCCCUAAACCACCCAAAGAGGACACUGUGGGGAUCAGUUUCCCAAAGGCCAGGUUAGAGAAGAAGGAAGAGAAAGCAACCACAGAAAAUGGUCCAAGCAGUGAGAAUAAAGGAAAACCUCAAGACAAGCAAGUAGAGAAGAAAGAAAAGGAAAGAUCAAGUCUCACCAGUGCAGAAUUUGAGGAGAUUGUCCAGAUUGUGCUACAGAAGUCCCUCCAGGAGUGCUUGGAGACUUCCUGUGCCCAGCCCAUAAGAUGCACCCAGUUAGACAAGGAACCAGGAAUUGCUUCUUCUACUGAAAAUGAUAAUGCUGAUGGAGAGAGGGUAAUGGUACCUCAUAUUCUAGAGAUUUCAGCCACUAAGGAAACUGGAGUAAGCUCUGUGAUAAAGACAUCUAAGCCAGGCCAGCCAGAUCCUGUCCCCUCUGAGAAGAAAUUCAACAGAACUUCCCUAAGCAAAGGAAAGAAGGGAGCCCAAGAUGACAAAAUGGAAAAGGCCCAAAGUACACACGCGCAGAGACAGAAGGACCAACUGAAAAAACUAGUUCAAGAUGAUUCUCAGACCAGGAACCAACAAAAAGGAGAAGGCAGUGGUUUCGGUCAAUGUCUUGUCUGGGUCCAGUGUUCUUCCCCAAACUGUGAGAAGUGGAGGCGGCUUUGUGGGAACGUUGACCCCUCAGUGCUUCCAGAUAAUUGGUCCUGUGACCAGAAUACAGACUCGAGGUAUAAUCGCUGUGACAUCCCGGAGGAGUCCUGGGCAGGGCAUGAGAGUGAUGUCGCCUAUGCCUCCUACAUCCCAGGAUCCAUCAUCUGGGCCAAGCAAUAUGGUUACCCCUGGUGGCCAGGCAUGGUAGAAUCUGAUCCUGACCUGGGGGAAUAUUUUCUUUUUGCUUCUCAUCUUGAUUCCCUGCCGUCUAAAUACCACGUGACAUUUUUUGGAGAAACAGUCUCUCGUGCCUGGAUCCCUGUCAACAUGCUGAAGAACUUCCAGGAGCUGUCCCUGGAGCUAGCCAGAAUGAAAAAGUGCAGGAACAAGGACUGCAACCAGAAGCUGGGAGCAGCCCUGACAAUGGCUCAAGAGGCAGAACAGAUCAGUAUUCAGGAACGGGUUAAUUUGUUUGGUUUCCGGAGCCGAUAUAAUGGAUCUGACAGAAGUGGGGAAGGAAAAGACUUAAGGCACUCUGGGGCUAGCAGCCCAGAUUCCUGCCUGGGGAAAGAAGAGGAAGAUUCAGAGUUGGAGGCGGAGGAGAUGGAGGAGGAGGAAGAGAAAAAAGACCCAACUUUGCCCAGUCCCAAGCCAGCCAAAAUUCAGACCAAAAAACCCAAGGCAAGAGGCCUAGCAAAUGGACGAGAUGGGACCCUGCAAAAGAAGACGAUGAAGAGAUCUCUGGGAAAUGAAUCUGCAGCUCCUCCUGUAUCCAUAAUAGGAAGGAAAGAAGGGCAUGGGAAAUCGGAGCCUGACCAGCCAGGCCUUAAGAAAAAAUUUAAAGCUCCUCAAAGCAAAGCCUCAGGAACCAGCUUGUCUGAGGAUGAAGAAGCUAGAAUGGUACCAAAGGACCUGACCCCACCAGCUCAUCAUGCGGCCUGUCCCGUGGUGGGGAAGGAAGGCUGGAAGUGUCCUCAGGAGGCUGGAAGUGUCACCCCUGACGGUGACGCCUCCAGUGACCUGGACCUGGAGCAGUUCCUGGAAGAUGUUGGGACGGAGCCAGAGCAGCUGGAGGAGCCGUGGUGUGGAGAUGCCGCCGGGGACUUCACCUUGGCCUUCUUCGAGGAAUAGCUGUGUGCACCUGGCUCCCUGCUGCUCUCUCGCCCCCUUCCCUGCCGGCAGCAGGGGGAACCCCUCAGAGGGUCCCUGAGAAGCUAUUAAGUGUGGGGCUUGGUCACCGGCUACAGGUCAACUGGCCGAAGUCCUAGCUGUGCAGUUCCCGUGUUAAUAAAAGAGGUUCCAGCUCUCCGCA